AUGAGGGCGCUCCAAAGCUGUGCCAGGGGCGACGACCCAGACGAGCGCACUUACGUGCAAGUGGACUGCAGACAAGACGGGGACAUGGGGCAGCUAAAGGACGAGGAGGAUGGAGAGGCGCAGGGCGAAAGCGCGGAGAAGAUGUGCGAGGAGGAGGAGGAUGCAGAGGAGGAGGAAGAUGACAAUGUGAGUUUGCUGCUUUUUGGCGUACCGUGCGUCGCGGAGGAUGAGUCUCAUUACAUUACCACGCACGAGAUCCAACUGACUGAACUGUCCGAUCACGAGGGGGAUAACGACGUGGGCGUGGGCUGGGAGGACAACCAGGUGUUCUCCUUUGUGGACUAUGACGCCUUUGAGCCAAACGCAAACAAAGUUGAGGGUGAGAAGCUGACCAGCCCACAUGUGCCCAGUGGUCAGACCCAGCCACUUCAGCAGCAGCAGAUCCACCUGUCAAUCAGGACCACUUCCAGGGCCGGGGGGGACAACCUGGUGAGUGGAUACCUCUUCAGGGGAGUGGACAGGGACGCGGCCAAGUGUUUUAUAGCGGCUCCAGGAAGGGUCCACUUUGGCACCAAAUUACGCGGCAAAGAGAAGGCCGACUCCAGUGGGACCUCCAGCGCUGUGAGUGAGCUGGACGACGCAGACAAAGAAGUGCGUAACCUCACAGCCAAGGCUUUUAAAAGUUUAGCGUACCCCUAUUUCGACACGAUCAACUUCAGCACGUCCAGUGAGUCGUCUGCGUCAGAGAAGUGGUCUUUUGUUGAUUUAAAGUACGGGAAUGUGGACAAGCGAGUGGUGUCAAGACAGAGUUUGGGGAACAGAAGUUUCACAGGCUUCACUCUCAAUGGGAACCCCCAGACGUUCAUGGGGACACUGGGGCAGGGCCACAGCGGAGUGAUACGCCUUACAGAGACGCUCAAUUUCCGCUGCAAUGUUGGAGUGUCCGGCGCUGAGAGACCCCCGAUGUUUGCCCAAAGCUCAACAGCCCCCAGAUCACGUUCCAAGGAUGAAAUUACCAGCGCAGUGGCAGGGGGCAGGCAGUGGAGACUAGGGGCCGCCAGCAAGCCGCCCUGUCCCAGCACCAUGGAGCAGAAGAAAGCCAUAUUCGCGUCUAGUCUAAUCAAAAAUGUUAUUUCAAAGAAGAUGCAGUUUGAGCAGGAGCGCAAAAUGGAACGAGGUGAAAUCUGUGAGCCAAACGCGCAGGAGGAGACGGGAAAGAUCAGCAGAGGAAGCAUAGAGCUGGUGAGGCAGAGCUCUAAAUAUUCAGACAGUAGCUCUGAGCUGGCAAUAUUGUGCAUGGAUGAAUUGGGGGACCUGGUGGACAGCGGCUCGUGUGAUACCAGGCAGGACUCUGUUGCGUUGGAAACCAAUUUGGAGCGUGUGAAUGAAGUUGGAAUCGAUACUAAAAAAGGCGCAUUGGAAGCGUCUAAAAGCACGCUGCUCCAUAGCCAAAAUAGCGCCUUCAGAUGCUGGAAGGACGAGGAGCUAGAGUUUCAAAAGGAUCGUAAAAGCGCUCCGGAGAAGGCGCUGCUCGGAGCGAACGACGCUGGUCAGAGUGGAGUUAAAUUUACCAAAAUGUCCAGUUUGUUUUUGCCCAGUGUCUCCAGCGAAGACCCACGGAUGGACAGUGGUGCUUUGCUCGUGCCAGAUUCCAGGAAUGUCAUAGCGAAGUCCCCUGAAAUCAAAAUCAACCUGCGGAGCGGUAAGAGCGAGCCGUUCGGUGUGAGUCGAUUACGCGCACCCAAUAUAGGCUGCACCCGGAGCGAGGACUGCAAAUCUCUGGCUCUGGCUCUGAAGGGUGAGUGCUCGGAUAAAGUUCCACAUUUUAUGGUCCGAGAUAUACGAGACAAUAAAGGCAAGCUCCAGACGCCCAUACACCAGGUUAGAGAUGUUAGAAAGCUGGUGAAAAGCUCCUAUCAUUUCGUGACUGUGGAUAAUAAUCAGGAGAAUAAAACAACGUUUGCGACUUCUGAUAGGCAAACAGAGACUAAGAAGCAGACGUCAGACAGAAGCUCUACAUCAGUGUCACCUAUUGUCAUCAAAUGUCAAUCUGUAAACACAAAUAAUAACGGGAAACAUGCAGAGAACGUGUAUGACUUGUGCAAAGGGGAAGACUUUGACAGAGCGACACCAGAGGGCGCCAAAGAGACCCAGUUUAAAGCAAGUGGGAGGUCUAGUUCUGCUGAUGGAGGAUAUGGCUCUAAAGUUGAUAGUAAGUUGGCAGCUUGGAAACCAGACAAGGACAAUGUAGACAAAAAGUCAGAUCCAGUAAGCAGCAAGGUGGCUUUUGAUAAGUUACAAGCAGCUGUGAAGACAAUGGAGCAGCUGUAUGUGUUUGAGAAGAAUGAGUGGAAACGGAAAAGUGAGGCUAAUUCAGUCACGGAUAGUCAGGUGCAUCCCCUAAUCGCGUUUGAGGGUCAGGAAAAGUUUCUGGCUAGAGAGUCCGUUAGUGAGAAGGUGGAUUUGGUGAGGCGUGAUGAGCAGGUAAGCCAUAGCAGUAGUGUACCCGAUGACAGCUUUGUUAUGAAGGCUGUGAAAACACAAAACCGAGCAACGAGAUCCCCUUUCGGCGCAAAGACGUUCACUCCAAACGCACCCAAGCUGCCUACAUCCAAGAGGACCAUUCCAGGACGAUUCAGCGGCGGACAAGACCGAGCCGACGCUAAUAAAGAAGAAGAUCGUAACCGCAACCUGGAGCAAGCCAUGUCCGACCACGAGAACUAUCUCACCAUACCUGUCAAACCUCCACCUCCACAAGCCCCGCCCCCUGACAAAACAUCAGUGUACGCCUUUAAAUCUCGCACCCCACCUGGACCGGCCCGGACUGCUAUUUACCAGGACACCAGUGUGAUCAAAGAAAAACCAGAAACCCCAACGCAGGCCAUCUACCAUUCGUUAUCGAUGGGUGUCCCGACGAGCCAAGUCUACUGCUUCUCCCCAGCGGUUACUCCGGUGCCAUCUCUGGAUCAUUUUCAACCCACGCAAAGGAAAAUGCUGCUAGACCCAACGACGGGAAGCUAUUAUUUAGUCGAUACGCCGGUCCAGCCCACUAGCAAGCGGCUAUUUGACCCAGAGACUGGACAGUAUGUGGAUGUACCGCUGCCCCAAGCUCCCAUGACGCCCAUGCCUAUGUCUCCUUUAGCCUUAAGCCCUGGGGCAUACGCACACACUUACAUGCUCUACCCCGGGUUCAUGUCCCCAACGGUCAUCCCGGCCCGCACCCUAGUCCAGUCGCAGAUGUCGGUGCAUUCGGACCCCCCGGAUAAGACCCCACCUCAGCAGAGCGAGACCCCCUACAUGGAGAGUCCAUACUACCUGGCCACGGGGAAGUCUCCGCAGGCGGCUCCGGCCUCGGUGAGCAGGACGCCCCAGGGGUACUCGGCGCUCAAGCAGCCCUUCAUCAGCAUCUCGACCCCGCACCAGGGUCCCCGCAUCAUCGCUCCGCCCUCUUUUGAUGGGACCACCAUGAGCUUUGUGGUGGAGCACAGAUGA